UGGAGAGUUCCUCUGUGCUCUCUUUCUCUCUAUCUCUAGAAAUUACACAACUUUCUCCUCCGAAAUCAAACCAAUACAUACACAAAUUUGUGUUUAUCGACGGAUGAUCAAACAGAUUAUCUGAAUUUCCCUAAAAAAUUCGGGAUUUUUUUUCUUAUUUGAGAUAAAUUUGAACAUUCACGAUUCGGAUCAAAGGAAAUGGACACAAAUUCAUGGACUCGUUUCUCUACUUCGAAUUCUUCUCUAAGGCGGUAUCAAUCUCGAUCAGACGCAUUUCAUCUUGUAGAAGAAACCGAUGAUGAACCACGACCUGAGUACUUAUGCCCAUUCUGUGCUGAAGAUUUUGACAUCGUAGGUCUCUGUUGUCACAUCGAUGAAGAACACACAGUUCAAGCAAAGAAUGGGGUAUGCCCCAUAUGUGCAAAAAAAGUGGGAACUGAACCUGAUCCAUUGCUGUCUUCUUUUAUUUACAAUAAUACCCCUGAUGAUGACGUGUCAAAAGAUCAAUCUCAUUCCUCUACUGCAGCAGUUUCAAUAGUGGAAGGCUCAAAUAACGAUUUCUUUACAAGGAGUGAGAAAGAGAAGGGUGGUAUAGUUUCUGGUGAAGAUAAGGAGGAGAAAAGUCGACAAAGGAAGAGAGCUACAGUCAUGUAA